CACAUUUCAUGUAGGGUUUUUGGUGGCGUUAGUGCUUUGACAUUAGAAACGUUCUUUUUUGUCAAAUUUAAAAGUCGAACCGUGUUUUUUGUUGUAGUGUUUUUAUAAAUUAAACUUUGAAUUUCAAUUGAAUUAAAACAGAAUAUGUCAUAUUUUCCCCAUUUCGACGACAAAACAAUUUUAACAACCCCAAAACCGGUUCAUUCUUCAAGCAUGGCAGAAAGUGAUAAGAAGAUACCAACUUUUGAUAAGGGUUCCGACUCGUCAUUUGACAUGGAUAAUUCUUUGGGGAUUCUGUCGAUCAAAAGUGGGGACUUGUCACCCCGCGAAGGCUCUGCGGCGUAUUUACUCCAGCAAGAGAUUAACUUAGCUAAAGACUGUAUAAAUCGGCACAAAGACCAACCCCCGGUUUCGUCCAUUUCCUCCCGAUACUUGAAACCAACAGAACAGUCAGAAAAUUCGUUACCCUAUGAUAUUUCAAGCACAAUCAGUGAAAGUGAUUUGCUGGGAAAUAGUUCAACGCCACGGACCUCAGACUGGGCCUCGGAAUUCGCAGUGCGAGAUCGCCCCUCAAUCGGAAAAACCAUCACCUCUCUAGCAAGUUCCAUGGCAAAUCCAAGUUUUGAUGUUGAUAAAAUUCUUAACACAAUACAGAAAAGCAUGGAGGAAUGUUCGUUCAAAUCAGGUGAAAUUGCAGUAGCGAAAUUAUUACAAGAUGAAAAAUCGUGGAGGCGGGAAAAGGAACUUCCAGAGGAGAUUAAGGAUUUUUCUGUAAAUUCUGAUAAUUUUAAAAUGUCAAUUGGGAGUUUCUUUCAGCACAGAUCAGAUGAACUCCCGAUUUUGUUUGCGAAAAGUCCAAACAAAGAACUUAAAGCACCGAUUCCUUUGAUUGAGACCUCAAACAGGAGCCCAGCUCCCAGAAAUAGCACUUUUGGCGAAAAUGAGAGUGUUAGUCUUAGUCUGAUACAGAAAAUGUUGUCGUCAGAGGCGUCCCCAAACGCCGCCCUUGAUAAUUUACUAAACAAAGCAAAACCGGAGAAGAAGAGGUUCAAAGCACCCCCAGAGCCAGAGCGUCAAAGUCUCACUAAACCGUCCAUUGCAACCACAACUUGUGAAGAACAAGAAAAACAAGUGGAGAAAGAUGUCACACCUGAAGAACCUUUCAAUAGAAUGGAAGAAAUUAAAGAAAAUAUUUCUCCCUACGAUGGUGACAGAACAGCGGUGUCAUCACGAAGCUCGAGUUCGUUAAGCAGCCUCCCCAACGGUAAGCUCCCCAUUGCUACGACUAAAACUGAAGUUAUUUGGGGCUGCACUAAGCCUGGGAAAAACAGCCUUCGCGAAUUCGUGGUAAGAAACCGAUCAGCGAGUCGUGUUGGUAUCACUUGCACUGUCUCAAACCCCUCGUUUCGCCUCCACAAAGACGGCUCUGAACUUAAUUUUUCAAGUGUACUUAAGGUUAUUUUGCACCCUUACGAAUCGCGCCCACUUUGUGUCACUUUUGCCCCAACUACAGUGGGGGCUGUCGUUGAUAAUAUCACCUUCACUCCAAUUAACCCGAGUCACGUACAAACAACCAAGCAGUUUAUCAAAUUGUACGGUUAUGGGGGCUAUGGUGAUGUGGUGAUUAGAGAAAUAGUGAAAGACACCACGGGGAAAUAUUUGUGUUCUUUGGGGAACGUUGAUGACCAGGAAUUGAAACGAACAUUUGUCUUGAAGAAUAAUGGGACUUUGCCGGCUUUUGCCCAUUUUAAUCUUACACUAAAUGGGCUUUACACGUUUUCGAAUAUUGAGGUGGAGCCCCUGAAGGCUGUUUUAAUGCCAGGCGAGGAGAAACAAGUGGUGGUUAAAUGUAAUCUCUCGAAAAAAGAUCUGGGUUAUGUCAAGUCGAAAACUUCGAGUGUUGUUAUCGAAAUGGGGAAGUUAUUGCUGGUCCAUGGGGCCGAAGUGGAUCGAGCUCGAUUGAGAAAAUUGUGUCAAAAAGCGCAAGAAAGGGGGCAACAAGUGAAACCUUGCAUGUUGGAAUUGGUUGAGAGAUUCCCGAGAGAAGUGGUUCCAAAAGAUUUGAAAUAUUUCAGAGAGUCACUUUUGUGUAUUGAAGACUUCAUGCAAUUGUUAAACAGGGAAGAAAUCACUCUAACGAUCGAGCAAGAAGUCGACAGAACUAUCACAAUGCAACUCCAGGAUGAAACAGCAAUGUAUCUUAGUUUAUGUGAACAGACUGAAAUUUUUGAUUGUACAACUUGUCCCGAAACCUGUCAAGUGGAACCUAGCAAAAUUUUCUUGACUCCACCGGAAAAAGUCAAGGAUGUUAUUUUUGUAACCAAUCGUAAUAAGAAAACUAUUUAUUUUGAGGCAAAUGUAGCCCCAGAGGGGCUUAAAUUGAAGCCGCAUGAUGGUACCAUAAAGCCGGGGGAAACGGUCAUGAUUGAGGUUUCUUUUAAACAGUUUUGUAACGAUAAGACUGUGUUUAAAGUGAGAAUACUUGUGGACAAUGAGAGUUUUGAUGUUGAUGUCAAAGUUGUUAAUAUUAGGGCCUAGUGCUUAAUUUUUGUGUGGGUUUUUCAAUGCAUUUACUUUUUUAAUAAAUUAUUUUUUCAUUAA